CCGGAAGCCGGAAGUGUUUACAAUAGGAAGCUAGGCUAACAGGCUAACUGACCUGACAGAGCAGAAUCUCUUCUUUAAAGCCCAACAGCAGCGUGUGGACUGAGUUUCUCUAGUUUUGCGUCUGCGGGAUUUUCUGAGGAGUCAGGAUGAGUCUGCAGUGGACGGCAGUGGCCACCUUCCUGUAUGCUGAGGUCUUCUUUGUCCUGCUGCUGUGCAUCCCCUUCAUCUCACCUAAGAGGUGGAAUAAGAUCUUCAAAUCUCGAAUCAUCCAAACAAUCGCUCUCUAUGGAAACACUUCAUUCAUGGUUGCCAUCGCCAUCCUCGUCUUCCUGCUCAUCGAUGCUGUUCGCGAGGUGAGGAAGUACAGCGUGACGGAGAAGGUGGAUCUGACCAACAACCCCACGGCCAUCGAACACAUCCACAUGAAACUGUUCAGAGCUCAGAGGAAUGAAUACAUCGCUGGCUUCGCCCUGCUGCUCUGCCUGUUGCUGCGUCGUCUUGCCACUCUGCUCUCCCAGCAGGCCUCACUCAUGGCCUCCAACGAAGCCUUCAAGAAACAGGCGGAGGGCGCCAGCACCGCUGCCAAGAAAUACAUGGAGGAAAAUGAGCUGCUGCAAGAGAAACUCCGUGACGCCGGUGUCGAGGUGCCAGAGGCCGGGAAGAAGGGAGUGGGACCUCAGGAGGAGAACAAGACCCUGAAAGAGGAGGUGAAGACCCUGAAGGAGGAGCUGGACACCACCAAGAAAGCUCUGCAGAAGUCUGACAGCGACGUUCGCGCAAUGAAGAAACAGGCUGAGAAUCUGACGGUGGAGUACGACAGACUGCUGGACGAGCACAGCAAACUGCUGGCAAGCAGCGACAAGAAAUCAGACUGAGAAGGAUGAAGACGGUUUCCAGCUUCUCUCAUCUUCAUCUUCAUCAUCCUCCCUGGCCUCCACAAACGGUCUUCAGCGCCUGCGUCCGGCUCACCCUCCUGCUCAGCGCUGUGAUGUCACUUCCUUUCUCUCGGACUAGCUGACAUCGCAGGGCUGUGAUUGGUCUACUUCCUGUGGUUCUGACUGUCGGAGCUCCAUCAGAAGAAACGAACCAGCGAAGACGUUUCCUUCUCUGUUUUCUGAUCAUUCCGUUUCCUGCUGCUCAGCCUGAACUUCACUCGCGUCUUCUGCUGUUUUCUGCAGGAGCUUCACUCCAGAAUCAGACCUCCAGUCUUAAAGACGCCCGCCCUCCUCUAGUGAUCUCUAAAUUCAAAUCAGAGUUAAAAAGUCUCCAAACGGCUCUUUUUCAGAAAUCAGCUGGUGAAUUUCAGGUUGUAAAUUUAUCCAAAGCGACUGCGUUGCAUUUUGGAAUUGAUUCCCUCCAGUUAUGAGUGAUGUGAGCCGACAGGUUUCAAUGAGAAUCUGCAGUUUGAUUGACGGAUGAAUGGACCAAACAAAAGAUCAGAACCUGUCUGUCUCUUUCCUUUGGUCCCUUAUUGAUUCGACUCAUUCGCCCUGUUCCUGACUGUCAGGUGACAUGUUGGACACGCUCAGACUGUGGUCUCACACAGACAAAUAAAAGAUUAAAGACGAGACCACCAGACUUUUGUUCUGCUUGUUCGCUGUUUUCACUUCCUUUCGUCUGUUUGUUGCUUUGAACAGCAGCUCGUCCACAUUCGAGCGACAUCUUUCCUUUCGUCACAGUUUUGGUGGUUUCGGUUCCUCAGCUGAAGGUUGUUUUUUUUGUGUUAAAGCGUUAAUGUCUUGUUGUUUUGUGGCUUCGACGCCGAGAUUUCCUCUCUGGUGAAGAACAACCCACUGAUGUUGUGGCUGCGUCUGUUUGCAGACCGUCUGAAACCAUCGGAUUCAUGACGUGAAACGUAAAGUUUGAGUCGUCCGAUGUUCCCUCAGCGUCCUGACGUCAGCUGACCGGGUCUGUUCUUACCCAGAGACUAAACCUCUCAGUCUGAAGGCCUCUCAGUUCACUCGGAAAGAUGUGUUUCAGUUACAUGAUGGAGUCUGUAAACAACAACACUUAAAACAUGUUGAGCAGGUUUGAAUCAUUCAUCUGACUGUCGUCUGGACACUAACUGUAGUUUCUCUCAUUGUGAGAAGUGAUGUGAAGUUUCCACCAGACUCUUAUCAAAACUUCAUGAAUUUAAAACUGUUAAAAAAAGGUUUUCUGCUCUGGAACAGAUGACUGAAGCAAAACCCCAUUUUGCUGAUCACAUGAUAAAUUAUUUCCUCAUCAUGUCUCAUCACAUGUUCACAUGUAAACACACACAGUUUCCAGCACCGUCUCCCCUCCGGAGGCUCUGAAGUGUCUCAGUAAGAAUUUAGUUUUUAUAAACUUCUUCUUUGCUCCUGAUCGGCGAGGCUGGAAACACUUUCCCUGUGGGCCAAUCAGCUGCUCUGAUGAACUGACUGAGCGUCGCUACUAAAGCACACUGAAACAGGAAGUGCCUUCAGGCUGCUCUCGUCGGUGCUGUGGUUGAUAUGAGGCUCAGUGUUCGGAUCAGAGCAAACGUAAGAACGCGAGUAGAGAAUUCCCCCCUCGACGGUUCAGAGGGUCCGCCCUCCUGAUUGGCCAGAUUUCAAACUCUCACAUCAUGUCCAGUGAGAAAAUGUUUCCAGAAAUCCUCGAACGUAUCACACGAAACAGUUUCCCGAGUCACUGCAGUCAUUGGUUGGUUUGUGUCACAUGUUCGUUGCACAUCUGGUUUAACCAGCUGAGUCCACACAGUUCUCACUGCAGACCAUCUGUGUUUUUUUUUUUUUUCUGUUUCUGUGUAUUUUUGCUUUGUCCACGUUCUGAUCUGAUGUGACAGAAGUGUAAGACACGUGAUCUGACAACACUUUUCAUUUUUUAGGUUUUGUUUGCUUCUAUAAUGUUUCACAGUUUGUAGCUUAUACCUGAAGAAUACAGAACCUCAGAGGGACUCACUGAAAUCCUUUUUAUUUGACUUCUGUCUGAUACGGUUUGCUGGUGCUUAUUAUUGGUUUGUAUUUAGGUUUCAUCAUGUGAUCACUGCUCGUUUCUCUGAAUUGUUCGGUUCCAUCGUUAGUGUGUUGAAGAACAGAUGGAUCCACUCUAAAAAGCUUGUGUGUAUCUUCAGCUUUAAUGCUUUAUGAUGAAACAGAAAUAUGUUUGUAUUAGCUGACAGUCAGAAUGUUCUGUCUCAGUUUUCACCUCCAAUAAAUUGAGCAGAAACAUUGG